GGUUUUUGGAAAACUUCCUAACUUGCUCCCGGAGGUGUGAGGCAACUAACAGGCCGCCAGUUGAAUGAGGCCGCAGGUGCAAGAUGAGGUCUAUGGGGCCACGAUUGAUUGGGACUUGGAGCCCCCUGAGCUCAUAGAAGGAGAUCUAGUCGAGCUCACGAUCCCUGGACGCGGAAGUCGACACUUUGACGGUCAGUUUGCGUGGAGGUCCAUAAUCUUGUCGGAAGACGCGUGRCUKKGGACGUACAGGGAGCACCGGYCGGCGCAAGGARYAGGCGUAGUGAGAGCCUACUUGUAUUUAGGACCGGAUGCGAUCAGGGAGGCUGUAGUGGGCCUCGUGACGACAGGGACUAGUGGCACGGUUAGCAGCGUGUUACGCUACCUAGAGGACGAGGUAGCUGCCUUCCGAGCAGAGGACUCGAGCGACCCGUUGACCUUAUUUCACGGGCGCCCUCCUCUUGAUAUCUCGGGCGAGCUGGUGGUAGCACGGGACGGGUUUUUCCCGUACAGUGUUAGGAGUCUGCGAGCGGUAGUUCCGACGUUCGUGGUAGAGAGCGUCUUUGGAGGAAUUGGUGGAGUAGUGGAGACAUACCUGGCCUAUCAGGAUCUCAAAAUCCUGGCGCGAAGCACUACAGAUUUAACCUACAUCUAUUAUUCACUCGCGACCGGAGGACUUCGCUGGGGAGACGAGAGGGUUCAGCUUAUAGAGCUGAUCCGCUCGAUAGACGACGAGUGGCCCCAGUCGYCGUGCGUUUGGGAUUGGCUAGACCGAGAGCUCCGAGCAGGACCCGAGUACGUGACCUGCAUCGGGCGGCUUUUCUCAGACGACGAGGACAGCUGGUGGGCUGAGGACGCCGAGAGACCUCUGAUAUACGGACACCAGUUGGCGCAAUACUACCAAGGUAUUGGACAGGCCCCAUACCGCGUCGAGRACGAGUUUGACGACGGAGGAUGGGAGCGAGAGGACGGCGAGAACGUCUGGGAGCCGGACUGGAUUGAUCCGGAUGAUGAGAUUGUCGAGGAGGAGCCAGACGCUUCGGACGCCCAUUUCCCCAGGAUAGGAAAGGACGCAGGAGGGAAGGAAAGACAGUUAAGAUUCGAGAGUAGGACACUUAAUAUGGCUGAGCGUAACUACAGUCAAUUCAAGGAGGUGUUAGCUGUUCUACGGUGUCUGGAUACGUUCAGGCACUAUAUCUAUGGGCGACGGUUCAUCUUAAGAGUAGAUCCUACCGCAGUUGCCUCAGUCCUCCAGAAGGACUUUAGUCUGACGGACCCGACCAUCGCCCGAUGGCUGAUACGGAUUCGGCUAUACGAUUACACAGUGGAAAUGAUAUCUGGCACUAAAAAUGCCGUGGCAGAUGGGCUUUCGCGGAUCCCUCUUGAGACUGAGCGCCCGCUAGUAGCUGGGGCCCUGACAUUGGCGGAACCCAGACGCGCCAAGAGAUUUCUGGUUAACCUAUACGAGGGCAAGUACCGAGCGAUCGGGCUACACCUGAUGGGUGAGGAGAGUCCAGAUUCAGAUAUUCGGAAGCAAGCCGUCAAGUUCUGCCUUAGAGCGGGCCACCUUUUCCGAAGACCGGUAGGAUCGGGGAUGCCCUUACGAGUGGUCUGUGAUUCUGAGGAGAAACCGAUGAUAGUUGCGGAACUUCACGACGGGGUAGUCGGAGGACAUAGGGGAAUUAAAGGAACCCACGAGAAGGUACGCAGGCUGUACUGGUGGGAAGGGCAGUAUAAGGACGUCGAGAGGUACUGUAUGACCUGCGAAGAAUGCCAGAAGAGGGCUCAUGUGAGGUAUAAAGAACCACUUCAUGCAUCCUAUCCAACCCGACCAGGAGAGAAGGUACACAUCGAUCUAGUGAAAAUGCCGAAAGGAGUAGGCAAUAUGAACUACGUCGUGAACAUACGAGACGAUUUCACUGGGUUCGUGGACGGUAAACCUAUCAGGAGUAAGGCGGCGAAGGAAGUAAAGAACUUCGUCCUAGAGUACUUAUCUAGGUAUGGUUGUAUCGGCAAGAUAGUGAUGGACAGAGGAUCGGAAUUCGUGGCUGACGAAGUUCAGGAGUGUUCAAGAGAGCUGGGGCGAGAGUUUCGACAGCCACCGCCUAUCACCCACAAACGAACUCCCCAGUAGAGAGAGGACACCAGAGUCUGAUAGCGUCGCUGUCCAAGUGGUGCAAGGGUAAGGACAGUGAUUGGCCACGAUAUUUUCGA